CAUUCUCUUCAGAAGAGGAAUAACUGUAAUUAUGCUUUAGCUUGUUCAGAAUGGAUUAUGUUAAAAGUAAAGCAGUUCACAAAAAAUGUGAUACCAGGGGAGGGGAGUAGUACGCAGCAGGCUAAUUGGGUUGCUUUAGGAACAGGCUGGGGAAAAAAGUAUUGUUGGGAUUAUAGCAAACAUGGUUGAGAUGCUUUAAAUGUUAAUAUGAUUAAGUUAUCAACAUCAUCUACUGGUUUUUUUUCUACUUGUAUUUCUUCUCUAGGUGGUUAGUGGUAAAAGACUCUUUCUUAUUGUACAUGAAGCCAGACAGUGGAGCCGUUUCUUUUGUCCUCCUGGUUGAUAAAGAAUUCAGCAUAAAGAUUGGCAAGAAGGAGACAGAAACUAAAUAUGGGUUACGAAUUGAUAAUCUUUCCAGGUCACUGAUUUUGAAGUGCAACAGCUACAGGCAUGCUCUCUGGUGGGGCCAAGGAAUAGAAGAAUUCGUCCAGAAAAAUGGCAAGAACUUCCUCAAACAUCACAGAUUUGGUUCCUACGCAGCCAUCCAGGAGAACACAUUAGCCAAGUG